AAACCCCUUCGAUCUUCCAGUAGCGCAGCCCUCGCACAAACCCUAGAAGAAUACUCCGGCAAUGUCGUUAUUUUGUGGAGCUUCGUCUACAGUGGCCACACUUCCCUUCCGUGCGGUUAGACCUCCGUUGAGUCUCCAAACUGGUGCCCAGAGAGUGACUCUUGGUGGUGGUAGCCGUCAGUUCAGCCGCGCAUCAUCGCUGAUUUCACUCUCGACGGGUUCGAAGCUAAGUGCUAUCACCGCCCAAGAGAAUCUGGUUAGCGUCCUCGAAUCUCAAAUCGAAAGCGCCGUUGUUAACGAAGAGACUCCUGACGAUGGGGAAGAGGAAGACAAGUUGCCAGAAGGGUUUCCUUUCCGCAUCAUUGAUACCCCAGGGGAACGGGUUUUCUUUCUGACUAGGAAGUUUGAGAAUGAAACCAUUCUUGUAGAAAUUGACCCUACUGCGCCGUUGGACGAAGGAAAAAAAGAAGAACCAAACGAUCCUCAAGCUGAAGUACUAAUUGGUAUCUCUAUGGUCAUCAAUGUGUCCAAACAUGAUUAUGCUCCCUGUCUUGAGUUUCUAGCCAAUGCUUACAUUGACGAGAUUGUGAUUGAUGCUAUAUACGUCAAACAACCCCAAGAACUUUCGUAUCCCUUUUUAGCAAAAAAAAUAAAAAAACUUUGGUAUCCCUACGAAGGACCUGAUUUUGUGGACUUGGAUGAGAAUUUGCAGAAGGCCUUUCACAGGUUUUUGGAGAUCAGAGGGAUCAAGCCCAACAUCACUGAGUUUGUGGCUGAUUAUUUGGCCAACAAAGACAGCAGAGAGCGACUUCAGUUGCUCAAGGAUGUCAAGACUUUUGUUGACAUGUGAAAACUCAUCAUCGUUGUUGAUGUGAAACUUUUAGGUGAUAUUUUUUGAGUUUUAUCUUGGAUCAACUUGUUAUCACCAUUAUAUUGCAAGGAGAUGCUACUUGUUUUGACAAUAUUUGUUUCAACUC